AUGCCUGCUGAGAGAUCCCGGGGCUCAAUGAAGCGCGAACAUUCAGAUGUAGGCGCUCAAUUAACAUGGACUCUUCCUCUUGAGCCUGCGUCUACUCAGAGCAUUGCCUUUGCACCGAACCUAACGCCCAUAACUUUCAACGAUUCCCCUCUUGCAGUUGAAGCUACUUUUGAACCUGUGCUCUUUCCCACUCCUACCGGGGAGUGUUCGUCCCGCCGGCCAACGCAUAGCAAAAAGCGUCCCGACGAUCAUAUCCCCCGUCCACCCAACGCCUUCAUCCUCUUCCGCUCGUCCUUCAUCAAAAGCCAGCAUGUAUCGACAGGAGUGGAAACUAACCAUAGCACACUUUCAAAGAUAAUUGGUCUUACGUGGCAGAAUAUGCCACAUGACGAACGUCAGAUCUGGCACGCAAAGGCAAAGAAGGCAUUGGAGGAUCAUAGGCGGAAGUGGCCGCAGUAUGCUUUCCGCCCUUCUCAUACAAAAGCGAAGGGUGGGACCGAGAAGCGCAAAGUUCGGGAAGUCGAGCCGAAGGACAUGAAGCGUUGCGCGAAAAUUGCCGAGCUCCUUGUCGAGGGAAAAAAAGGCCAAGAGCUAGAAGACGCAAUUCAAGAAUUCGACCGCACACAUGUUCCUGAGGUCGUUACCCGCUUCGAGGCUCCCAUUACUGCUCGGGCAUAUCGCCGAUCUUCAUCCGCUCCCAUUGACAAUCUCGAAACGAACAAGCCAUUCCUUUCAUCCUCACCAGCGCCCCGUCGUGUACGUGCAACGAGUAGCCAGCCGUCGCUCUCAUCAACUUGGAAAUCUCAGUGUGAUGAUCUUACACCGAGAUCUGAUGGUCUAGCAUCAGACGCCUGCUUCGAUGUCUCGGCAUCAUCUUCAUUUAUUUCAUCAGAUUAUUCUUUCCCUGCGAAACCACAACCUUCAAUGGAAUUUGAUCCUUUCAUGUUCGACGUAGCGUUCGGCAAUUCAAUAGCGUCCGCAGGUCCAACUUUCCCUGACUUCUCUCCUUCACCGUGCGAGACGCGGGUUCAAACGCCUUCAUUAGUUAUCGAUACCGCACAGGGCAGCGACUGGUCGCAAGCUUCAUCACCCUACUGUGCCUCACCUGUCACGCCCCAUUUUCCCCUCGAUCGCUCUUUCGAUACCUUAUGCGCGGAAGGCGGCAAUCCGUUCAUGUCCAGUUCAUUUUCCUUCAAUAACUCAUAUCCCCUGCCUUGCAAUGAGGGAUUCUCGGACAGUUUCAACACAUUCAGUCCCCCAGAAAAUUUGGACGGAUCGUCGUUCCCGCAAGAAGAUUUCUUCUCGAAAACCCAAUUUUCCUUGUUCGAGCCAGGGAAAUUGGAGCUCGCCAGCGUGGACAUGGAAUUUUCCGCUUUCAUGUCCUCACUCUCUGCCUUCUGA